AUGGCAUCGUGUGGAACUUAUGAUAAGAUUAUACGGCAUGAAUGGAAUGUGCUCUUCACCAACAACAAAUCAGAACUUUGUUUUUGUGGCAUUAUAAGUGAAUAUUUUUUGCAUAAAGACAAAUACACGGUACCAGCAGUUUUGACAUCGUCGACCGAUUUCUUGGGAAAUGAGAUACGUGAAAGGGAGCGGGAAGGAGGACGAGGGGAGUGCUCUGUGUUCGGAUGUCUUGAUUGCUUGCUUGCUUGUCAGGGCCAUGGUGUUAUUCGUGCGAUAACGAAGUAUCGGAGUAUCACGGAUGAUAUAGAUACCUUUAAGGAAGUAGGAGAUGAGAGAGUACAAAGUGGGAAUUUAAACCAACAAGGAAAAAGUGGAAUUGUCGCCGCUGAUUUGACCACAGUAUAUAAGCAGAAUAUGCAGUUUGCGGCUAGCGUAGAUUCACUUGAUAGUGGACCUUCGUGCAGUGAACCAAUCGCCAUUUCAUCAUCGGCACCCACAGUUCCGGUUGAUUCGCAGAAAGAACCUUUGUCACCAGUGUCCGAACGUUAUCGCCUUAAAAAAUUUCACCUGCAACAGAAAUAUGAUUAUAUUUAUAUGUCCAACAAUCGGUUGCGCAAUCGUUUAUACCAUAUUAAGAAAGAAAUCAACCAUUUGAAGCGCCUUAAAAGGGUACUUUGUCAGCGAUUGUUCACAUUUCGUGAUCCGUUUAUGGAUUCAUGCCUUGAAAUUCCGGAUAAUGAUCCAACAUCUCCAACAAUAGAGAGGAUUUCAAGCGAUGCAACGGGGAAACCAUCUGGUAGUUCUAAAAAGAAGAAAGCUGCAGAAGCUAAAAGAGUUAAUCAGCAAGUAAAUGAAGUGUCAUCGAUGGUAGAAAUAGCGAAGAAUAGUGUUAUAUCAAUAAUAGACUCGGUGAUUACUGAAUCUCAUGAAGAACGUGUGCGUGCCAACCAGAACUCCAGUGGCCAAAAAACCCCUCAGCAGUCUCCCAAUGUACCAGCCCUAGGCGAAGUAAUGCGAAAUGAAGCAGGAAUUGAGGGGGUCUCUGAAGAUUGUGAACCAGUCAUUGAAAGGAUGUUACGCGCUUCAUCUAUAGAUCAUUUAUUACCUGUUGAUCCAGAUUCUGACACUAAUAAUGUACUUACUGGAUUUGGUGAAAAUUUGGAGGAAAAUUUCAUGGCCGAAGACUAA